AUGUCUACAAACAACAUCGCCUUCACCGCUCCCAUCAAUCCCGCUGGCGCGAGCCCAAAGCUGCACCAAGACCAAAUUUGGGCCGGCCUUCGCCUAAAGAUCCGAUCUGCAGAAACCUUCGUCCCCAAAGCCAUACAAUCCACCACUGUGAUCUCCGAAACAAUCAAUCCGACCACGGGGAACGAAGUCACUGUUCGGGAGGUCAUUUUCGUCGAGGACCGGCGUAAAGUUCAGGAGACAGUCACAGCAUACAAGCCUUCCAGGGUCGUCUUUUUCCAACCUGAUGGCAGCAUCUGUUCGAAAGGAACUAUAUGA